UAAAUGAAUCCCGCCUCUAUCAGAUGUGUUAACAGAAUUCCUCCUCCGCAGACGGAACCACUUCCACAAGAGGUGGAAUUGACUGAUCCAUCUACCGUCCGCCCCUGGAAACGUGACGUAACACUUGAGUCACUCAGUACGAUGGAAAAGAGACCGGUGGUGAAACUAUAUUAACAGAAUACUCGAACGGUUUCCCUUCAAGUAAAUGAUUCAGUCAACCAAAGCGACCAACCUUUGAAGAGUUGGUGGUCGUCAAACCCUGACUGUCUCUUCUGGACCCCCGAGCAGGAAUGACCACCGCGCUGCUCCUCCUCAGCCGACAUCUGGCCGCGCUGUGCGUCUCAUCCCGUGGGCAACUUUCUGUCAGGAGGGGGUUCUGUUCCGCGUCCCCGUCCAGCCCCGCGCCGGGACCCGGGCACACCACCGGAGCAGGAGGGGAAGCGGAAGCCGGCAGCCGCGAGCCAGAGUGGAAGGCGGCUGGAGCAUCACAAACUACGGCCAACACAGGACCAGGACGUCCCAUGGGCUCCAGCAGCAGCCGGCCCUUCAGCACCCUGGCCCAGCCGCUCGACGGGGGGCUUCACCCGGACCCCGAGGCGGACCCCGAGGCGGACCCCCAGGCCGACCCCGACCAGCUGCUCCGUCAGUGCGCUGAGGCCCUCCGGGGCCGGCCGGCCCGGCCCCGCCGGGAGCUGGUCUCCAGCCGCGCCCCGGGCAACUGCUGCCGCCACAGCGCCUCGCCCCGGGUCCGCGUGCUGCAGUGGAACGUCCUGGCCCAGGCUCUCGGGGAGGGUAAGGACGGCUUCGUGCGCUGCCCGCCGGACGCCCUCGACUGGCGGGAGAGGAAGUACCUGAUCCUGGAGGAGAUCCUCACCCACCGGCCCGACGUGGUGUGCCUGCAGGAGGUGGACCACUACCACGACACCUUCCUGCCCGUCCUCGGCAGCCUGGGCUACCGCGGCAGCUUCCUGCCCAAGCCCCGCUCGCCCUGCCUGGACGUGGAGCCCAACAACGGGCCCGACGGCUGCGCCCUCUUCUACAGCCGCGAGCGCUUCUCCCCGACGGCCACCGACCACCUGCGCCUCUCGGCCAUGAUGCUGCCCACCAACCAGGUGGCCAUCGUGCAGUCGCUGCGCUGCCGCGCCACGGGCCGCGGGCUGUGUGUGGCCGUCACCCACCUGAAGGCCCGCAGCGGCUGGGAGAGGAUGCGGAGCGCGCAAGGGGCCGACCUGCUGCGCCGCCUGCGGGCCAUCACGUCCCGGGCGGCGGCCUCCGAGGCGGACGGCGCGGCGGACAUCCCGCUGCUGGUGUGCGGGGACUUCAACGCCGAGCCCUCGGAGGACGUGUACCGGCGGUUCCUGGCGUCGUCGCUCGGGCUGGACUCGGCCUACAGGCUGCUGAGCGCCGACGGGCUGACGGAGCCCCCUUACACCACCUGGAAGAUCCGCCCGUCCGGGGAGAGCCGGGGCACGCUGGACUACAUCUGGUACAGCCGGGAGUCGCUCAGCGUGGAGACGCUGCUGGACAUCCCCGGCGAGGAGCAGAUCGGGCCCGACCGGCUGCCCUCCUACCACUACCCCUCGGACCACCUGUCGCUGCUCUGCGACGUCAGCUUCAGAGAGCUCCCUCACAGGCUGAUGUGAGCGUGUGUGGGCGGGCUGCUCAGCGAGGGGAAGGAGGUUCCCUUGGCUAACCUCGUAACGUUAUCCUUAGGAAUGAGUUUCACGUCACUUACCUCGUACCGUUAUCCUUAGGAAUGAGUUUCACUUCAAACGUAACGUUAUUUUCGUGAGUGGAAACGGUUCAACUGCUUAUUUGAGAGGUUGGAAUGCAAGUAAUUGAGUGUUUACAUGACAGCGGGGCACAAAUGAUGGGAUUCGUCCUUUUUUUGUUUGAAGAGGUUACUUGACACUGGAAAGCGGUAACCAAGUUAUUUAUUUUCUUUGACCAGCAUCUAUUUAAUAUUUAAAAAAAUAUUUUUCUACAUAAUGGUGUUAUAUUACCGUUGUUUAAUUUAUUGCUACUUUGUAAAAGUACAAGUUAAUUAGGGAAUUGUUGCUGUGACAAAAUAAAGUAACUAUAUUCAAAA